AUGAACGCUUUGCGCUCCAAGAAGGUGUUCGUGGUCACCUGCGCAGUCAUUGCACCUGUUUCGUUCUUUGGCGGUACCUGGCUCAAGGACUAUUUCAUCGAGCGGAAAAUCGCAAAUGAGGGAGUCCCAGAGAGACAGCUCAGAACUAGGACAAGGAUAGCUGCAUUACAACAAGAGAAGAGCGAGCUGCUCAAGGAAGGAGAAGCUGUCGACUUGAAAAUUCUCGAGCUGAGAAAGCGGAUAUCUGGGUCGCCUUGA